AUGAGGUGCCAGGACGACUGGUGGAACGAGGUCGUGGACCAGCUGAGAGACGGGCAACUCUCGGAGAAGAACCACAGCUACCUGCACGGCCGACCCGUAGAAGGCUGCACCCUCUCGAGAGAGGCGUGCGACAAGGAGGCCAAGGUCCGAUGGCUGCAGUACCACGACAUGGACACGGAAGGGCUAUGCGGCAUGCUCCCCCUGGCCAUCGGCAUGCCGGUCGCGCUAACCCACCACGUGGACCGUUCGGAAAAACUCCUGCUCAAAGGCCGCGUCGGGUAUGUGCACAGCUGGGACUGGAACGAAAACGAUCAGCAGCCGAGAGUGGUGCACCUCAGCAGCACGAAAAUCAGGUACGUCAAGUUCGAGGGCGCCGACUGGCUGCUCGAAGGCGCCAAAGAACCCGGGCUCUACCCGACAGCCGUCAUGCUGGACUUGAACGUCGACUCCAAGACCCACGCCGCCUACGGCACCGUGGUGGCCAGCCGCGUGCGCAACAGAUCCGACCUGCUCAUCCUGCGUCCCUUCCCGCUCUGGCUCUUCCAGCGCGGCGCCACGGAAG